AUGAAUUAUCCGCGCAGCAAUCCAUCCGCUGGACUGGCUCCACCAAACCGGUCCCCAGCCUUACCCCACCCAGGAUCCCCUAUCACAACCCGAGACUUAUACACCGGGGCAACACCACAUCUCCGGCGAACUUCAGAUCUUCUUUCAAGGUCCCCAUCGCUUUCGGGAGCGGUGAGAGGCGUGCCAUUAUCGCCACCGUCGACCAGUGGCUUCACAAGCCCUACGAACAUGGAAACCCCUCUUGGCGGGGCAUCGUGUCCCCCUUUAGGCCCGACGGAAGUCAUAUAUUCACUUCAGACUUCAGAUGGGCAAAAUCUUAGACCAGAAAUCUUUGGAAGGAUCGACAAAGGAUUCUUUAUGGCCGAUAAUGAUUGGACGUGCUACAGAAGGAAUUAUUUUUCUCUGAAUUGCUCGUUCACAAUUCAACCGGCCCUUCCCACCGGAACGAUAUAUCUUGUGGAAAAUGGCCGCCUUGGAGCCCAGAUCUACGCAUUUGCAAUGUCGAUUGCCGCGGUUGUAGACGGUCGUGAAGGAAAAUCGAUCGAACUUGUUCAGCACACACCAAAACGGGAUAAAGGGCCCCAGGAAAAACCCUCGAGGAUGACCCUCUCGCCACGUCCUCCUGCAUCUCAUAGUAUGUACGGGGAUAAUUCUCUUGGAGGCUCGUCGCGGCCGGGUCUCUACGAAACUCAAGGGUUUGGCCAGAACCCCAAUCAGCCUGCUGUUGAAGCUACAUUUGAGCGCAUUCAAUUCAAGAAUGCAACGGCCAAUAACGGCAAACGACGCGCUGCGCAACAGUAUUAUCACCUUCUUGUCGAGCUCUUCGCAGAUGUGGGCUCUCAGCGCUCCGAGCGCUAUGUGAAGAUAGCUUCCAGAAUGUCCGCCCCAAUGGUCGUCCGUGGCCGUUCUCCGGGGCAUUAUCAGAACGAGCGCAGGGGUAGCAAUGCCAGCACCGGACCCGGGGGAUCAGGAGGUGCCGGAGGUGCUGGGUCAUACUCAUCAAGUACGGGCACAUCACGGACACCCGGCGACAUGAGCAUGUCCGGUUCCUCAUCCAUGCUACCAGGAUCGGGCUACAGUUCAUACGAUAACCGAUCACAGCAUUACCGGUCGAAUAUUGCACCACUGCAAAUUCCAAUGGAUCCGGUGCUGUCCGCCGAAGAAGCGAAGCGCAUCGAAGAGUCGCCAUGCUAUCUCUACUACCCCGGCGCAAUUUACGAAGGUCAUGAAGCCCGACACCAACUCCCAAGCAUGGCCGAUUUUGCCACGUCCAAAAUCAAGCAAGAAUAUGGAUCCAGUGGUUAUGUUUUGCCCAGCUUGUCUAGCACACAUGAAGGGCUAAGUAAACAGUGUGGGAGGUGGGAAGGCACGACAGAGUCGAAAGGAUACUUCCCUACGGCAUUGAUUCAACAAGAGCUGAACAUAAGCUAG